AGGUGAACUUGCCGGGCCAGCGGACGACGGCCAUAAUGAAUGCCCUGCUCCUUCAGUACACCGCCCUGGCAAUGCGGUUACGUUAUUCUUGCAGUCUCUAGCCCGUUGGCGAGGUCAGGUGAGGCUCUCGAAGCACACCAUCAUUUAAAUCACAAGCAAACAGAUGGCGGAGACAGGCUUGCAUUGCAUUCCAGCCCCUUCACCAUUGGCAAGGGGUUUCCAGAGAGCUCCGGUAUGUGGAACAGGAAGGGGUCCUGGUGCUGUGCAUCUGAGCACUUUCUACCCGGUGGUCAGCAGCCCUAAUCACAAUGGAAUCACAGUUAACCGCAGCGUAAACCCUGUACAUAGAACAUUCUUUUUGGCGGCGCACUCGUGCAUGCAUGCAGCAAGCAAGGGGCACCAUUCCCUGCCCCCCGCUAGCAGGAGAGCAAGCCCAGCCGCGAGUUGUAGCUCCAAAAUUCAUAGCAUACGGAGUUCACCGUUGGGGACGCAGAGUGGUUUCAACCGGUUUGACCCCCUCUCCAGUACCACUUUAACAGCCGCAAAACCCGGACAGUUUUCAAAGCUUAGAGGGCGGUUUCGCACAAAAGCGGUCAGCACAGAAACCGAUGAGGGCGUAGACGAGAAGUCAGAGCAAGGGGACGAGUUGCCGAUAGAGGUAGUGGACGGUGCGGAAGCGGUUUUGAAAGGGGACGGACUUCCGAAACGAUGGGUGAUCGUGGGGCUGUGCUUCACGGCGUUUCUGCUUUGCAAUAUGGACCGGGUGAACAUGAGCAUUGCAAUCCUGCCCAUGUCUCAGGACUACGGCUGGGACUCUCAAACCGUGGGCGUCGUCCAGUCUUCCUUCUUUUGGGGUUAUCUCCUAACCCAGGUCGCGGGCGGGGUUUGGGCCGACCGGAUCGGAGGCAAAAAGGUUCUUGGGUUCGGGGUUGUCUGGUGGAGUGUGGCAACGGUUCUGACACCCUUCGCUGCAAAGCUGGGGCUGCCAGCGCUGUUGGCUGCGAGGGCGUGUAUGGGGGUUGGUGAGGGAGUGGCGAUGCCUGCAAUGAACAAUCUUCUUGCGCGGUGGGUCCCGAAGACCGAGCGGAGCCGUGCGCUGGCCCUUGUAUAUAGCGGGAUGUACCUGGGGAGCGUCACCGGGCUGGGGAUCUCGCCCUCCUUCAUCCACCAGUUCGGGUGGCCUUCCGUCUUCUACUCCUUUGGAUCGCUAGGGGCGGUGUGGGCAGUCGUCUGGUCUCGGAACGCCUAUAGCACGCCGUUCGACGACCCUAACAUCAGCCAAUCCGAGAAAGACUAUAUUUCUCAGAACGUGGUCAAGUCGUCCAAAGUGCAAAAGAUCCCCUGGCGAUUGCUCCUUUCCAAGCCGCCUGUCUGGGCCAUCAUCUCGUGCCACUUCUGCCACAACUGGGGGACGUUCAUCCUGCUGACGUGGAUGCCCACGUACUACCAUGACGUCCUCGGUUUCAAUCUCACCGAAUCCGGCAUUUACUCCGUCCUCCCCUGGUUAACCAUGGCGGUUUGCUCCAACACCGGGGGCUGGAUUGCUGACACCCUGGUUAGCCGGGGUUAUAGCAUAACCUUCGUACGAAAGGCGAUGCAAAGCAUAGGGUUCCUGGGACCCGCGCUCUGCUUGUCGCAAUUAUCGUCAAUACAUGACCCCAAGCUGGCGGUCCUUUGUAUGAUGUUGUCUCAGGGCUCCGACGCCUUCUCCCAGUCGGGCCUCUACUCCAACCAUCAAGAUAUCGGGCCUCGUUAUUCAGGAGUGUUGUUAGGUAUGUCAAACACCGCUGGAGUGUUGGCCGGGGUCUUAGGCACGGCCGCAACGGGUUACAUUCUUCAAAACGGUUCUUGGGACGAGGUCUUCACGGUCGCGGUUGGUCUUUACCUCGUCGGUACUGUCAUUUGGAACGUUUUUGCCACUGGAGAGAAAAUAUUUGACUAGGACGAGUUGAUCAAGGCAGGUAGCGCGCGGAAGCGCAUUCUUUGGCUGCAACAUAGAGUGUAGCACACCUGUUCAUAUCCUUAGGAGCUCAAAAUGUUGCGAGCCAGUGAUUGAUGGGUUGACAUUGCAAUUGUAAAGCUGUGUUGCAAGUGGAGUUGAUAUAUUGAAUGCCAUAGUUUCCUGCUAGUAAAUCAUCGAUCAUUUGGUCUCCUUGUAACAUAAGUGAGCAAUGUCAAAGCUUGUUCGCCGACCAA